UGUUGCGAUAGGUUGUAGUGUAGUGCUAUGAAUAUAUUAAUGUUGACUAAUGUAAAAUUAUUUCUUUGAAUCAUGAACAUGUUUUUAUUUAAAAUUAUAAUGUGGUUUAUCUAGUUGUGCAAGUUUAUAAAUUAGUGUAAACAUCUUUUAUAUACAGUUUUAUAUUUACCUACUAUUGUUAGACAUUUAAACAACGCAAAAUGACGGAAACCACAACGAAAAUUAUAUCCUCCAAAAAUACACAAAAAGAACAAGCCAAAAGUUCAAACGAAACAAUUACCUCAAAAGUAUUAGAUAAAGAAAAAAUAAUCUCUAAACUACCAAUCUUGCAACUGAAAAACAGAAACUCAAUUUUGACAGACCUAUUUGAAAAUCAACAUAUAAAGGCAAUUCAACAUUUAUUCAUAGCAAUAAUGCUAUCACUAGCAGCAAAUACCAUAGUAUAUGAAUACCAAAAUUUCGGAAGGAUUAAUUUUGGAACACUAAUAAUAUCCCAAGUGUUUGAAAAAAUUCACAUUUCCAUAGGAGCAUGGCUAAUCCAGUUGUUUUCCAUUUUUUUGGGUUAUUUAGUAUUUAAUUUCUGGGCAAGGCUAAGAAACAAUUUUUUCCCAAAAACACAAAAGAUUUGGGAUAUAUUAUGGGGUACAAUGGUCCUUGUUUACUAUGUUACCUCAUUUAGAUUUGCCGUUGAAGUUUGCAAUAAAUACAAACUGCCUAUAGCAUCAGCAGCCAUUAUCACUUUAGAGACUACAAGAAUGCUGAUGAAGUUUCACUCUUUUAUAAGAGAAAACAUACCAAAAGUACUAAACCACAAACCCAAAAGUGAAGAAAAACUAAUUUUGUCGAAAUUCUCCAAACUAUUGUAUUUCCUAUUCGCCCCCACCUUGCUUUACCGCGAUGAAUACCCAAGAACAAGCCACAUCCGUUGGAAAUUUGUAUUUGAAAACCUCCUCCAAGUUAUAGCAACUGUAUUCACCCAAAGUUUUAUAUUCGAGACUCUAAUGAUUCCAAUUUUCGGCGAGUUUGGUCAACGAAGCUUCACCAUCUCCGAAAUAGUUUUCUGCCUUACCCGCAACUUUAUACCCGGCAUGUUCAUAAUAGUUUCCACUUUUUACUUGCUUCUGCACUGCUGGAUGAACAUGUUUGCCGAAAUGCUGACGUUUGGUGAUAGAAGGUUCUACAUUGAUUGGUGGAAUGUCACGAAUUUCAGCGAAUAUUUCCGGAAAUGGAACACUGUGGUUGGUGAUUGGCUCUACACCUACAUCUACAAGGACAUAUACGAGUUGGUGAUACCCAAUAAAAUUUUUGGAAAGUUUAUGGUUUUCGUGGUAUCUUGCAUAGUACACGAAUGGAUUAUGUGCUAUUCCUUUGGAUUUUUCUUCCCCGUCCUAUCAUUUUUCUUCCUUAUGUUCGGGAUGCCUUUGAGCUUUCUGAAUCCAGGAAAAAGUGAUACGCUAAAUACUCUGUUUUUGUUUGGACUUUUCCUGGGAGGAGGAGGUUUAACCAUGGGCUUAUACAUAUUUGAAUCUAUGGCGCGACAGAAUGAUCCCAUUGAAAACCCACCGUAUCAAGACUUUUUUAUACCUCGAUGUAUUAAGUUUGUUAAUUUUAACGAAAGUAGAUAUUAAAGUAUUUUUAGAAACAA